UCGUCUGCGUCUUCCGGAACCCUCAGUAGCUGCUCAGACUGUCACAGUUAACGGUGAAAUGUACGCCAAUAUAAGCUGGACUCUGCCCAAACCCAGCUUUCCCGCAAAGACUGCCGUCCCCUAAACUGGGCAAGAAAAGUUAUGUUGUCAGCCUAGGCAAGCAGAUGGUGUCAGACGCUCACCCAGCUCCUUGGUUCGCGAACAUGAUCGCCCGUACCGUAGAUGCAGACGGCCUAGUUGCACAGGGCGACACAACCCAUUCUCUACUCCUACCAGUCAGUGAGCUCAGUGCUGAACGGAGCGAUGAGCGGAGCGGGGACGAUGAGCGGAGAAAAAGACCGCGACACUUCCCGCCUAAAGUGAAAUUGUUAGCUAGAGUCAGUUUGAUAGAUGAGAGAGGGUGCAAUGGACCUGCUGGAAACGCUACUGCUUAUGAUCCUGCGGCGCUACCAAGCACGAGCAAAUUUUCUUUCGGGACUUACGCGAUCCUAGGCGCCUUACUAGGCGCUUGGGCGAUGGGCGCAGUGUUCGUCCUGAGCGCUCGCGUAGUAAAACGCGUAUUGAAGUCAUUCCGCCCCGCUCCCGUCUCCGCUCCGCUCGAGCCACUGCGUCGUAGGCCUGCCUGGUUCCCGCUGCAGCUGCGGGGCAAUAAUGAAAUACCGGUGCGAGGUCAAAUGGAAGAGAGCCCAUUGUACACACAAAAAGAAUUUGAGAUUGAAGAUGAAGGUGAUGAAUGGGAAGUUAGCAGGUCCAGGGUGCACCUGGGAGCUCUGAUAGGCAGCGGAGCCUUCGGCAGAGUGCACGCCGCUCAGCUGGACAUGCCUGGAGGGGAGACCAUCACGGUAGCUGCCAAAAUGCUCACAGAGGAAGUAUCUGAAGAGGAAAUGCAGGACUUCCUACGAGAGAUUGAAAUGCUCAAACACGUCGGUUCCCAUAAGCAUGUCAUUAGAUUAAUAGCAUGCUGCACCAGACGGGCGCCGCUCAUCGCCCUCUUAGAACACGCCCCAAGAGGGGAUCUCCUCUCCCUCCUCAGAGCAGCAAGAGGGAGAAAGAAAGAUAAUCAACUCUCCAACACUACAAGAAGAGUUGAUAGCUCCCAAGGAAGACCUUCUGAAGGAGAUUCUGAAUACACGAAUCUAAGCGACUCGGAUCCUGCGUUAUCAGAGGGCGACGGCAAGUUGUAUUUAGACAGUGAUAAGAAAAAGGACCAUUACGUAGCAGAACCUGCCCUCCAGUUAGAUGGCAGCACUAUGAGAGAAUAUGCACUACAAGUCGCUUUGGGCAUGAGGCAUUUGGAGGAAAGAGGAAUCACACACAGGGACUUGGCAGCCCGCAACAUAUUAGUGGACGGCACUGGUCUACUGAAGGUAGCAGACUUUGGUCUAUCAAGGUCAGGAGUGUACGUCCACACGAGAGCCAGACCCGUGCCGCUUCGGUGGCUGGCUCCAGAAGCCAUCCUGCAUUCCCAGUACUGCAGCGCCAGUGACGUAUGGGCAUUCGCUGUUUUGCUAUGGGAAAUCGCAACGUUAGGUGGCUUCCCAUACGCUGAGUUGAGUAAUCACCAAGUACCUCCCUUCCUGGCCGGUGGAGGCCGUCUUCCGAAGCCAGUUCGAGCUUCAACAAGGCUCUAUCAGCUCAUGGUAGAAUGUUGGUCGGAGAACCCAUCAGACAGGCCAACAUUUGCCGACAUUGUGGACAAGUUGACAGUCCAAAAACAACUAUACGUGGACUUAGACUGUGUUUUCCCACCUUCCGAAGAAGAACUUGGGUUAAGAGACUUUGAUUUCAAUAUGGCUGACACAAAUGGUUAUCCCUACCGGUGAUUAGUCAUUGUUACACUAAAGACUGAAUAUUUUUUAAUGUUAUAAUUACCACCCUAUUUGCACAUUACACUUGUAUGAUAAUUUA